AUGAAAAUUAAUAAUAAAGAAUUUUGGUAUUAUUUCAAAUGCUUUAUUGAUAUUGCUCUAUCAGGGAUAAUUUAUGGUUAUUCAAAAGAUUCUUUUAUUGUAUCCAUCAAUACAAUUAUAAUUCAAUUUCUAUGCAUUUUAUUAUCACCUUGUAUAGCAAAGAAAUUUGGUAACAAAAAGAGAAAAUACAUAUAAAUUGUAAUGUUAUUAGCAUAAUUGGUACAAAUAUAUUAUUGUUGCUUUUAUUUUACAGAAAUAUUGAAAUAUGGUUAUCUGCUUAUUAAAUUUUAUGAGAAACAAUUAAUUGAUGUUCUAUAGAAAUAAAUUAGUUACAUCUUUUUAAUUGUUUUGAAUGCUAUAUAAUUAUUUUUGAUGAUAUCUUAAAAUGAAUAAGGAGUUACAUACAUUACAGUAGGUUAUGCAACUAUGUUGAUUUUUAAAGAAAAACAUUAAAUAAUUAAAAAAUAGGAGAAAAUUAAAUUUGAAUAGUUAUCAAAAACAGAAACCAAAGCCACAUCAACUUAAAUAAGAUAAUCUUUAUUAAUUAAUCGUAUUAGUGAAUCUGUUAGUUUAAAGUGGAUGAAUAAAUUAUAAAGUUUUCCUGUUGGAAUAGUAAUAGUUAAAAAGGAUAAUUUAGAAAUUUUAUUUGAAAAUGAUUAAUUAUUAUAAAUAUUUUAAGCAGAAAGGGAUAUAGGUAGAUUUAUUCUUGAAAAUUUAGAAUGUACAAUAAUACAAAAGAAAAACACUUAUUUUCUACAUCAAACAAGCAUUGUGUUAGAUAAAAAUAGUUACCUUUAAGCUUCAGGAACUAUCAAUUUAACAUAAUAAAAAAUAUAAAAUAAGACAUUCACUAUUAAACAAAUUUUAAAUUUAUUAAAUUUAGGAUAAUUAGAAAAAAUUAAAGCACAUGAUGAUUAAUUAGAAUUAUCUGCUACAUUUUGUAAAGGAAAUGAAGCAUUUUUUGAUGAGAGAAAUCUAUUAUUUAAAAUUUCAUAUUCUUAAGAUGAAAAUGAAUAUUUGAUAAUAAUUUAAGAUAUUACACUUUAAACUAAUUUCAAAAAAAUGGAAACAAAAGAAUAAUUCAUUGUAAAAAUGAUUGAUUCAUUUUCACAUGAAUUAAGAACACCAUUAAAUAGUGCAGAAUUAUUUUUAUAAGGAUUAAGUUAAACUAAUUAAUUACCAAUUUAAUUAAAAGAACAUUAUAUUGAUCCUGCUAAAAAUUCAUUAAGAUUAUAAGCUUACAUUAUAAGAGACAUAAUUGAUUUUACAUAAUUCAAUUAGAAGAUGAUUAAAUAUCACUUUUCAGAUUUCAAUUUUGUAGAUAUCAUUUAAGAAAUUAAUGAUUUAUUUAAACUUAUUUUUUAACAUAAGAAAAUAGGAUUACAUGUAAAUGCUUAAAGAUCUAUUCCAAAUAUUAUAAAGUCUGAUUAUUAUAGGAUUAUGUAAAUCUUAGUUAAUAUUAUAUCAAAUUCAGUUAAAUUUAGUUCUCAAGGGUAAGUUGAAGUAGUAAUUUAAGGAUUUGAUGACUAUGUAUUAUUUAGUAUAUAAGAUUAAGGAUAAGGUAUAGAACCAUAACUCUUAGCAAAAAUCUAAUAAACUCUUUAAGAUUUUGCUUUGAAUAGAAGUAUAUCUUAAUAACAUGAAUGGUAAGGUUUAGGACUUUUAGUAAGUUAAAUGAAUUUGAUUACUUUGGCUCCUUAAAAUAAAUCCUAUCUUCAAAUUACUUCUAAAGGAUUGAAUUAAGGAGUUGAAGUUAAAUUCAGAAUUAAGACUCAAACUUAAGUAUUUUCAUAAUAGUUAGGUUAAAUUAAAACAUUUAAAAGAGGAUCUCUAGCAACACCUAAUACUGUUCCUGAUCUUAGUGAAGGUUUGUAAGGUAUUUAUAUAAAACUAUAAUAUUAGGAUUAUUAAUCAUAGCUAAUGCUGAAUAUAAAAAUACAUCAGUUAAAAAUAUACCUGUCAAGGAUCUAUCUUCAGUGGCUAAUUAUUAUGGGAAACCAUAAUCGAAUUAGAUACUUGGAAUUUAAUUUGAGACAGAUAUUUAAAUUUAAGGUAGAAAGAGAUAUUAUAUUAGUAUUUAGAUACUGAUAGAUUUGGUUUGACUCAUCAACUUAUUUAGAUAUAAUCAAAUUUCAAUCCUAAAUUUAUUACUAAUAAACAUAGAUAAAACUCAUUAGUAUCUAGAAUGUAAUAAAGAAUUGAUGAUCAGAGUUAAAUAUAAUCUAAUUUUAGUAAAGUAAAGAUUAAAUUUAAAUGUUAAUGUUAAAGAGCUUUGUCUGUAGAUGAUGAUUCUUUUAAUUAAAAGGCUCUUGAAAUGAUUCUUGGAUAGAUGGGAUUUGAAAUAUAAUUAGCAUAUAAUGGUUAAUAAGCAAUAGAGACUAUUAAAAAUACAAAAAAAUGUUGUGAAGAUUGUUAACUUUAUGUUUUCAUUUUGAUGGAUUGUUAAAUGCCAAUUUUAGAUGGAUGGCAAACAACAAAAAGAUUAAAAAAUAUGAUGAAUGGAAAUAUCAUUCCAUCUAUUCCUAUUAUUGGAUUAACUGCUUUUAAUGGAUAAUAUGAAAUAGAAAAAUGUUUUGAAAGUGGAAUGUAAAAGGUAUUAACUAAACCAUUGAAUAUUGAUGAUUUCAAAUAAGCAUUGAUUCGUAUUUAUAGGUUAGUUUGA